CUGGUAGGUAUCGGUGGUGUUUUAUAUGGAGGCGUUUACCGGUAUCGGUAUGGUCGAAUUGAACAUUUACGAGUUUACGCGGUGACUGUGAACGCAGCACCAGAGGCAACAGUUUAGUUUGUACUGUCAACAAACACUUUGGCGCCGUGGUCUCUCACACCCUUCACGCAAAGUUGUAUAAACAAGUUUUUCUACCGCCAAUGUGAGUCUACUCCAAGCGCCAGAGGAAGCAGAGAUAUGCUGAAUAUUAGAGGUGUCAAUAAAGCAGAGGACAGACAUGGAAACCCGCGUUGUCCCAGCGCUGGACAGACCCGCCGCGGAGCUGACUGUCGUGGACGUGUACGACAUAGCGGCGGUGCUGGGGCAGGAGUUUGAGCGGAUCAUAGACCGGUUCGGCUGCGAGUCCCUGGUCGGGUUGGUGCCCCGCGUGGUGCGGGUCCUGGAGUUGCUGGAGGCGCUGGUGAGCCGCGGAGCCGCGGGACAGGAGGCCGAGGAGCUGCGCAGGGAGCUGGACAGGUUGCGUCAGGAGCGCAGCGACAGAUAUGAGCAGGAGAGGAAGCACCAGAGGGAGUUGGAGAUGGUGGACGACGUAUGGCGAUUAGAAGUCCAGGACCUGCUCUCUCAAAUCAGCCAGCUUCAGGCAGAGAACAAGCGUCUGUCCGUGAGCCUCUCUCUCAAAGAGUCCCCCAUCGCAGAGGAAGAGCCGCAGAAACACGAGGGAAUGUCAGAGAAAGAAAAACAAGCAAUGAAGAAGCUGAAAGAUUUAGUGGAUAAACAGAGGGAUGAAAUCCGGGCUAAGGACCGUGAGCUGGCGCUAAGAAACGAGGAUGUUGAAGCGCUCCAGAUGCAGCAGCAUCGGCUGAUAAGGAUCAACCAGGACCUCCUCCACAGGAUAGGUGUGAUGGAGGCUCAGGGCAAGACACUGAUUCAGCGGAGGGCUGAGCUCGAGGCUGCAGCCCAGGCACAGCACCAGGAGCUCGGGGCUCUGCGGCUGGAGGUCACGAGGCUGAAAAGGGAGCUCCAGGAAUGGGAACUAGAGAAAGAACUCUCUGAUAUAGAAGAGGUCCGGUUUUCAAGAUCUGGGAUGUUGCCACCGACAACACCACUGAUCAGGUCUGCAGAAGCAGAGCUUUCUAACUCCUCCGCGCCUAAUUCAGUGUGGGCCGAGUGCGGAGGAGACCCGGGCUUCCUGGCAAACUGCUUUGAGCAAGAAAAGAGCAUUUCUGUUGUCCCAAGAUUAGCAAAGAGAGAGCAUAAUGUGAAAGAGGGGGACGAAGAUGAGGACACGUCGGCAUUGUCACUGGGGGGAUCAACUGAUGCAGAGCCAGAAGAGGAGACAGAUAAUCUGGAACAGGAGUCGGAUAAACCUCGCUUCACCCUUCAGGAGCUGAGGGACGUCCUGCAGGAGAAAAAUGAACUCAAAGCCCAAGUUUUUCUUUUACAGGAAGAGCUGGCAUAUUACAAAAGUGAAGAGAAUGAGGAAGACUUCAGUCCAGUUGCUUGUAUUUCGCCACCUCCACCUCAUCCUCCAACUUCUACUGAUCAGCCUGAAUCAGGAAUUAGACGCUUGAUCUUCACGGCCAUAAUGCCAAUGGUGGCGGCAGGUUUGAUCGGGGACGAUCCGACGUUGUUGCCGAUACGAAGACUAGUUUCUUUCGUAUGACCGUAAAUUCAACUUGUUCUUACACUAAAAGUUUUAUUUUUUUUUAACCGCAGCAUCUCAACAAAAGUUAUUUUAAACAUGAAACUGUGACGAAUCUACUUUACAUGAUAUAUUUUGGUUUUUAGUUUCUCAUUAGCUGAGUAAGAGCUUUAAAUGGACAUAAACAGUUCAGAAACGAGACAACUGAGUACACCUCACGCUCGCAGAUGCUUUAAUGACCUGUCAGAGUUUUGGCUGCAUAAUGUCAUCAAAUGCUUCACUCUGUGUGAUCUGCCGUAACAUUAUGACUUGUAUGAAGUCACGAACACUGAUGAUGUUGCUAUGAUGUAAAAUUCUUUGGGAAGCCUGGAUAGUGACACCUGGACAUCGUUGCAGACCAAGCGCAGCCCCAUGGUAAGAGCAAAGAGGGUUGUCUUUGCAUCCUGUUACCUGUUAUGUUCAGCAGUUAGGUGAUGGAACAUAUACUUCUGACAACUUUCUGUCAGAACCAGCAUCGACUCUUUCAGAAGUUUGAGCUGCAGUAGCUCAUCCCUUGGAUCAGACCACACUAGCCAACAAGCCUUGGCUGUUCAUGACUCUGUUGCCAGCUCACCACUGCAGGACCACAAACACUUCAAAAGAGCUGCAGUAUUAGAUAUCACAAAGUUUUUCAAAGUCGCUCAAAUCCUUCAUCUUACCCGUUUUGUCCUGCUUCUAAAACUUGGAGGUAAAAUUUGCUGCGUGAUGUCCGACAGUCUGACAGUUGACAUUUUGACAAGAUAACCAGCGUAAUUCACUUCACCUCUGAAUGGUCAUAAUAUUAUAGUUUGUGCUUCAUUUGUUGUAAUACUGCACACAAUAAUGACAGAUAGACUAGCAACCGGGUUCCUUAUGUUAGAACCACACUACAGACUGUACAGUAUCUACCUGGAGACAGUUUCCCAGAGUAUAAAUUGAGUUUUUGCUCUUCGCCACCUGUUUAACACUCUAAAAAAUGAUGCAUUAGGCCCAGCUGCCGCAAGACCUAUAAAAUAGACAUGUGGCGUGAUUUAUAUCUGUCAUGAUGUAUCUGAUGGUAAAUUAUUGCCCAUGUGUUUGCCUUUGGUUUCAGUGUACACUGAAUGUGCUACAUGACCAUGUGCCCCUGUUUUCCAUUGAGAGACUGUGUGAGAUCCUCGCCUAUACAGCUGAAACAGCGUGUUACUGCCAAUCAGAUGAAUACAGGCUGGCACCCACACAAAUUCGGCUCUAGUAGGCUCUAGUAGAACAUCCCAGACAAGUUUGAAAUUGUUUCAAAGUUUGAGUUUGACACUUUUUUAGGUCUCAAAAAGAGGACAUGUCUGGGAAAAAGAGGUCAUCUGGUAUAUAUACCUAUAUAUAUCUAUCAGUAAUCAGUAAAUGUCAUAACUAUGAUUUGUGCCAGACUGAUAUUGCAAAGUAAUGUUUUUUUUUCAGAAUAUGGAAAUAAAGUUUUAUUUUAAAUUUUUUA